GUUAUUCUCCAUUUCAUAUUCAUUUACGCAUCAUCGCCAGACAUGAAAUGUUUAUGCAGUAACUCUGGCCGCAUUCACGGUUGAGUUCAUGGCUGCUGCACAGGGCAUGGCCGAUGCUGAGAUCACUGAAUCAUCGCUGUACGAUCAGCGCCUGCCAUGCGGCAGUCAGAAGGUAAGCUAUCGCCGCCCAGCCUUGGUGUUUUUGUUGCAGUCUUUCACACUUUGCCCACAUGCAUGCCCUCCCCCAUUUAUGCUUGUGCCGUCCGCCUCCUUCCACCCACUCUCCCUCCUCAAUCUGCACAGUUUGCCUCACAUGAUACCCAUGGGGUACGUCCGCUGCUGUCCAGAGAGAAACGGGGGAUAUUGCUAAUGAUCCCCAACUCUUGCCGAGCUUCGCAAAAUUUCUGUAUCGGCAUAUUGGAGAUGUUCGCCGAGACAGCCAUGUGUGGACGUCCAGCACCUGCACUGCGGCAGCAAAUCCAUUCACCCUGUCCCUUUUUGCCUGAUUUCCCAUGCCGAGAUGGCCCAAUCGCGCUCCUACAUCUAUGGGUUCCUGAAAGGAAGUGCAGCACAGCCUUCACUUCGUGAACCCGGGCUAGCCUGACAUGCUUCAUGUAGCAUAGCAUUGUGCCGCAAAAUCCUAUUUUUGGUGACGGUGUUGCGUUCAUGGGUCCAGAAUGGCACUACGGACCUUCCAGUAUUGCGCUGGA